CCACUGGUAAAAUGCUAAACAACUUCCCGUUUCAUACAUUAUAAACAGCUCGAACACGUCUUCCUCUUCAGUUUUAAAACAAUUUUAUAUCUUGUAGUAGUUGCUGUGGCGUGAAAUGCUCGCUACAGAUCAUAGAUAAAUACAUAUAUUCUCACUACGCGAUACAAAAUGGAGUUUGUGAUUGAACAAGAAAAACGCGAUAUUGUUGAGAAGUUUAGAUUAAUCAUCCAAGAAAGAUUUAAUGUCAACCUUUCCUUGGCAAAUGGUACCGGGAAUAAAAUCUGGAUUACUUUGUUAGGAGAACAUGUAGACAAGGCUAGGAGCUAUGUUAAAGCUUUAACCAAUCCAGAAAAACGUCAGGAAAUUGCAAUACCAGCUUCUCUAGUAAAUAUCUUUGCACCUCAAAGCAAGGAACAUAUUCAACUGGAAUCUGAAUAUGGAGUGUAUGUUGAGUUUCCAACACCCAAUAAAGCUAUCAUUUCGGGUGAUACAAUUGAAGUGACAAUCUUGGCAGUAUCCAGAUUAGAGAAUCUCAUUUUAAACCACCGUGCUAACUCUCAAACUCAACCAACUGAAGUUAAAACAUUUAAAUCUGAUAAAAACCGAGCUCUUGAAGAUUUUGCUCUCAAACUUGGCUAUGAACAAAGUCAGAUAAAUAUGGUGUUUGAAAACUUAGGACAUGAUAGUGAUAAGAACACAUUUUUAAAUGAACUCAUCAAUGUGUCCGGGGCAAGCACAAGGACAGCUGAACCACCCUGUAGACCUGUACCACGACAAGUUCAACCACAAGUUUAUAUGAACAAUCACUUGUAUCAUAAUGAUACUGGCGUGAAUUGCCGAAGUGCUGUACGACGAACAUCUACAGCCAACACUCUACAACAUUAUGCUAACCAACCUUAUAAUCCAACUAUUGAUGGAUUAAAUGUGUAUCCUCAUAGUUUGGAAGGUUUUCCAGCCCAAGUUGAUUCUGUUCAUCGAAUUUCUCCAACACCAAGAACCACCCCCAGCUUCAUUCCUCAAAGUACAUCCCCCUCACUUAAUAAUCCCAGUUCAUCAAACAUAAUUUCGAGAGGUUUAACCAUGUCUCAAAGUACUAGGGAUAACAGUUGCAUUACUGCAUCACUUCCUAAUUUGAUGAAUGGUUCUUAUGAUAACCAACAUGUUGAUCAAUUAGUGGAUCAGGUUGCCUCUAGAUGUCAGCAACUACCACAAAGUAAUUUACGUCAUGUUGUUAUUGAUGGCAGUAAUGUUGCUAUGAGUCAUGGUAACAACAAAGUAUUUUCAUGUCGUGGUAUUUUACUGUGUGUCAAUUGGUUCCGUCAACGUGGUCAUACUCAGAUCACCGUUUUCGUGCCCUCUUGGAGAAAGGAAUCGGCAAAGAUGGAUAAUCCAAUUAUGGAUCAACAAAUCCUUAAACAACUCGAGGAUAAAAAUUGUCUGACGUUCACGCCAUCGAGAAAGGUUAAUGGGAGGCGUAUUGUCUGCUAUGAUGAUCGUUUUAUUGUCAGGCUUGCGGAUCGUACGGACGGCAUCAUUGUUUCCAAUGAUAAUUUUAAAGAUCUUGCUGCCGAGAAUCCAAAAUGGCGGGAUGUCAUAGAACGGAGACUCUUAAUGUAUUCUUUUGUAAAUGACAUGUUUAUGCCACCAGAUGAUCCUCUUGGUCGCCAUGGACCCACAUUAGAUGAGUUUCUACAAAAGGGAACGGCAUUUCAUCGAAGAGUAUGUCCUUACGGUCGUAGAUGCACGUAUGGUAAUCGUUGUAAAUAUUAUCAUCCAGAAAGAGAAGAAAAUAGAGCACAAAUGUACAAUAGACUGCAAAUGUACAAUAGUCUUCAGGCGUUGUUUCCCAAACAUGAAAAUCUUAUUCAGGAAGUUAUGAGGAUGUUUCCUAACGAAACAGAUGCCAAUACAUUGGCGACUAAAAUUUUGAAUAAGAUGCAUUGACUUGCCUUCAUGGAAACGCUUAUGUUCGAAGAUUGGCGUUUAUGAAACUAGAAGGGAAAUUAGGGGAUUCUUAGUGUCACGAUGUUGGUAUUUUAUGUCUUGCACUACUGAAUUUUUCCUAUUCUCCAAUUUCAGCGUUCAUAUGUUUUAUAAUCGGUUGUAAAUUGCGUUUCUUUAAUACUGUAAAUAGCAAUCAACGUAAAAUCAUCAACGUAUUUUGAUGAUUUUAAACCAAGAACAGUUUUAUGGGGGUAAUAUAUCAAAAGAACAGCAAUUCUUAAAUAUGAAAUGAAGUAAUCUCUAUGAGAAGUUAGUAAUGUAUGUAAUUCUUUUAAUUACUGUUUUCCGACAUGGGAAAUUGAUUCAUUCGGAAUUUUAAAGUAAAUUGCACUAUCUAAUUAUGUUUUUUAGCACUGUGUGCUAAUGUGAAUAAAUAUUUGCAAAUUUGUA